GCACGGGCAGGCAUCCAGUGACUUUCCGGAUCGGUGCCUACCCGCUCAACAACUGGCAUGCAUCUUCAGCACGCACGCGAGCAGUUCCGCCUGCCUGUGGGCAGCACCUUCUGACCGGACUACUUGAGCAAACCAAGACCUGUGACCUAUCUCUACCUAGUCGGACCGGUUUCACACGCCAUUACUGCUUAUUGCCCCUAUGAUGUCCAUUGCCUUCCCAGCAUCAUUUGGGAAACGCAAGACGCCGUCGUCAUCGGCAUGCAACGAGUCCGAGUCGUGACUGAUCAUCUCCGCAAACCGGUUGCUCCUUCGCCGGCCUCGAGAAGCCUUCCAAUGACCGCAAACACUCCCGACGAAGCUGCACAUUGAAGCCAUUCCGUAAUGGCGUCGAAUAUGUUUUCGAGACUCGUGCCCACCGGUCGUGGCCGGUCAUUUUACGAAGAACUCAGGGCGCGAGAGGAAGACCCUGAGGAUCGAGCCGGCCUGCUAGAUGAACAGAACCUUAGUCACGAUUUCCAGGACUACGACCUGGACCACACCGAGGGACUCGGCGUCGAAGACAGCCGUACCACGCUGGGUGGAGUGACAAGUCCGCCCUCGCAGGGACGUCGUCCGUCGCGAGGUUGGUUGCACAAAGAUUAUGCCCACCCUGCAUGGGCGACACACGACGAUGACGGGGACAACGACGUUCCAGCCUCACUCCUCGUAGAGAAUCGUGAAGGCGACGCGGGGGGGACUCCGGGGAGGUCACCGAGGAACAAACGCAGCCGUGCAGCCGCCAUCCCGGGACCAUCCAAGGCUCGUGCUCAGUGGGAGACCGCCCAGGCUCAUCAACGGCUGCACAGCGACGAUGCUUUUGAGCCCCCUCGGCGCGGGACCGGCCUGCCACACUCCCUCUUCACCGGUGUAGUGUCGGGUAGCGCCAAGAAGAAGGCGGAAUGGAGAUGGGCUAAUGUCUCGAAUCUCGACAACUUCAUUAAGGACGUCUACGGCUACUACGCUGGCCACGGCAUCUGGUGCAUAUUGGUAGAGAGGGUCUUGCAUCUAGUGAACGUCGCCUUCCUCACCAUCCUCUUGACAUUCCUUACUCAGUGCGUGGAUUACAGCAAACUGCGGGGAAGCCAGAGGCUGUCUCAGAUCCUCGUCCCUCAGUGCACCAGGAACAUGUCCGGUUUUUGGAACUUUGGCCUGUGGAUAUGCGCCUUUUACUUCAUUUGGAAGGCGAUCCAGUACCUCCUGGAUCUCCGUCGACUCUUCCAUGUUCACGAUUUUUACCUCUACCUGCUCAACAUCCCUGAUCAGGAUAUGCAGACAAUUACGUGGCAGGAGGUUGUCGCUCGCAUCAUGGCGCUUAGAGACCAGAAUCCCAAGACAGCAACAAGCCUGACGCCGAGGCAACGUGCCUGGCUCGGCAGUCAGUCAAAAGAGAGGCUCGAUGCCUCCGACAUUGCCAACCGUCUGAUGAGGCGAGAAAAUUAUUUGAUUGCUCUCAUCAACAAGGAUAUCUUGGAUUUAACGAUCCCGGUGCCAUUCCUACGGAACUACCAAUUCUUGACAGAGACCAUGGAGUGGACACUAAUGUUCAGCAUUCUCGACUUCGUCUUUGACGAAAAGGGUCAAGUCAAUAAGGAAUUUCUGAGGGCGGAUCGCCGAGGCGAACUCAGCCAGAAACUCCGCGCAAGGUUUGUUUUUGCAGCCGUCAUGAUGCUUAUCAGUACCCCAUUCGUAGCCGGAUACUUUGUUGUUGUUAAUUUCCUGAAAUACUAUCAUGAAAUCCAGAAGAACCCGUCAGUCUUGUCAUCACGCCAUUAUACACGUCUUGCCGAAUGGAAAUUCCGCGAGUUCAACGAAUUACCGCAUCUGUUUCGUAAACGGAUAGACAUGUCUCGUCCGUUUGCCAGCCACUACAUAGAUCAAUUCCCAAAGGCAAAAACGACAGCGCUUGCUCGAACGGUGGCCUUCAUUGCUGGUGCUCUUGCCACCGUCUUGGCGGUCGCCUCAGUCCUCGACCCGGAAUCCUUCCUGGGGUUUGAAAUUACCCCAGACCGGACAGUUCUCUUUUACACGGCCGUUUUCGGAAGCAUCUGGGCCGCCGCCCAGGGCAGCAUCCCCUCGGACGAAGCAGUAUUCGACCCCGAGUACGCCAUGCGAAACGUCAUCGAAUACACACAUUACCAGCCGGAUCAUUGGCAGGACAGACUCCACAGUUUUGAUGUCAAACUCGAGUUUUCACAGCUUUACAAGACCAGGGUCAUCAUUUUCAUUGAGGACAUCUUGAGCAUCCUGACCACGCCAUUUGUCCUAUUUUUCAGUCUUCCCAAGUGCAGUGAUCAGAUCAUUGACUUCUUCCGCGAGUUUACCAUUCAUGUCGAUGGACUUGGCUAUGUCUGUUCCUUUGCUGAGUUUGAUUUCAAGAAGGGCAUCGCGAAGAAGAACGUGGACGCCGGAGACGUUCGAGAUGACUAUUACGCGACCAAGCAUGGAAAGAUGGAAGCAUCAUACUACGGCUUCAUGGGCCACUAUGGCAAUUUUGCACUGAACCCGAAGACGGGGGCUGGGUCGCAUCUGCCGCCGGGCCUACGGAACCAGUUCCAUCCUCCACCGGCUUGGCCAAGUAUGAACGAGCCGGCCCUGGCUGCUGACCUGCAAGCUUCGCGGAUGGGCCGCAGCGAUCUAGCAAGGAGCAGGGCUCCCGCUAAGACACCUCGAUACGGCCCUCCGUUACCCCAACCAUCGCCCAUGGCGUCCAUCCUGCUUGAUCCACACCAUCAACCGCCGAAUUUUACCCUGGGCGGGAGGACAACACACCCAGCACGCCAUCAGCGGGUCGGAUACCAAGGAGAAAGCAACAUCAUUGAGGAGUCUGGGGAAGACGACGGGCAAAUGAGCGACGGCGGGAAGCGGCCAGGUGACGAGGAGGUGUACGGGAGCGGUGGCGCCCUAGACGAGUCAGCAUGGCAAACAUCGCCAGCAAGGACGAUAAGCAGGGAGAACAGCGCAGCCGAAGGCGGCGGAGCACCGGACGCUGGGGUCGUUCACAUGGUUUACCAGUUCCAACAGGCGCACCUCAACCGCCGGCCGGGAGGUGUGCGAUGAUUGACGCUAAGGUAACCACUAAACAACAGACAGCCAGCCGCAGGAACAAACAUUGAGUGACACACAGAGAAGGCACCAAGGAAGGACAUUUGGCGGCGCUCCCGGCGUUUACACUUCAAGUCAUUUGGGCUCGCGUAAGGGUCACACACACAAACGGAAGGCUCGGCACACAGGACGGGAAGCUGGCAGUGUUUUGGGUGUUCAGGAGUUGGCUUAUGAGCAUUGCUUAGCACAGAGGGCAUCAGUUGGGCUGCCGGAUUUGGCCGUUGAGGAUGGAAAACAAUGCAGUAGAGGGGUCAUAGGCAACUCACAUCUGUCUCGUUCUAACACAUGUAUGCAUAAUUCAGACUACGAUAGAGACUCCAACUCAUUUUUUUUUUUUUUGGGCAAA